GGACUGACAAGUGCUAAAUUGUUUUAUAGUGAUUCCAGCUGCAGCAAACAUCACUUUACAGCAGAACUGAAGCUGUGCUGGCACAUUCCUUCCAAGUGUGAAAAAUAUCCAUAAAACACAGCAAAUAACAGUUUUACCCCAACAUCAGGGCGAGUGUUGUGCUUUUCAAAAAGAAGCAAAUACAAAAUAAACGAAAAAGAAGAACUUUCCACGUGGAAACGGGCACCUUUCGCCCAAAAGAGUAAAAGGAUAAAAACCGUAACAGUUUGAGGAAAAAAAGUGAGCAAAAAAUAAAAGAGAAGCAUCAAGUGUGAAAGUGAGAAGCCGAGUGAAACAAGAGAUAAAAUAUAAUAAAUUCAGCCAUCGUGAGUUGCUGUUGCUCGCCGUUGAGAAAAAAGGGAAAGUGGCUGCGGAAAAGUGAGUGAAAAGAAGCAACAAAAAAAAAGAAAACCCCGAAACAGAAACGGUGAAAGACAUCGUUUCCCACUUCACUGACUAAGGACACUGAUCGUCGUCGUCCGUUUUUUUUCUGUGAGUGAAUGAGUGGGCAACUAAAAGGCAGCUCAUUUUGCUGGUGAUUUUAAGGAUUCUCGUGCUUUUUUUUUUGCUUCUGCUGUUCUCUGUCAUGUUCGUUGGAUGCUUCCACUGACGGUCGUUGGCGAUUAUCUUUAUCGGUCGGAGCGCACCGUUCUGAAGAGCAGCAGUCUAUCAGACUGAGCUGGACUUUUGACUUCCGUGUCCAUCGAUUUAGACAAUACCAUUUGUCGCUUGUUCAGAUUAGCACGUGACCUCGCCGGGAUCCUUCCAGGCAGGAGCUUUCAAUCUGGGACACGAACCCUGGUGCAGCUUCAGCUACAGCUCAACGACGAGGACGAAAUAACCGACGGCUAAGCCGAUUAUUGUGUCUGUGUCACAUGCAUGAACAGCUGAAGGUGCCACAAUUCAUCUCGUCCUUGGAGCGUAGAACCAGAAACAGGAAAAACGAAACCCACUAAACAGCGCACACAAUUAGAGAGACGCGUCCCAUCUCGAAGGAAAAAGCGCAUUUUCCCUGCCCGAAUGCAUCCCAUCCUUGACAGUGUUGGUGGUGGCCAGCACUAGUGACUACAACAAUCGUCAUUAUUAUCAUCGCAGCAGAUGAAACUUCCCGGAAAGGCAACCACAAUGCAUCAUCAUCAACUGCUGCUGCUGUGUGGGUGUUGUCGGUUACGGUGGGGGUGGUGAAAAAGUCCUAUUACUCGGUUUCCGGAAUAUCAGCAUCUAUAGAGGAGUGUUACACUCAAACACACACACAUACACACUUUUCCGAUGCAAUUAAGGAUUGUUUUGGACCGCGAAAAAUGAACAAACUGUUUUUGGCGAAAGCUGUGGGCGGAAAAUGGAAAAGUGCACCCAGUGAGGCAGAGAGUGAAUAACAAAAAAAUAGCAUAAAAAAGUGGUUAAAAGUGCAUCUUUCCCCCCACCCCUUUCCUCAGGCUCAGUAGUGGCCGCCGGGAGCAUAAAUAUCCUAAAAGUGGCACAGAAAAGGAUUCAACCGAAGUAGUAGCAGCAGCAGCAGCGGCAGACGACGACCAAGUCGGGCAUAGAAAUGGGACACAUUAAUUUUGUGAAGCUGAAGCUUUUGUUGAAUAUAUUGUUUGUAGCCAUACUGGUGAACGGCCACGGAUCGCAACAGGAAGCUCAGCCGGAGUUUCUGGCGCCCCUGGACAAUCUCACGGUGACCCAGGGCCGGGAUGUGUCCUUUACCUGCGUCGUCAAUAACCUGGGCCAGUAUCGGGUUGCCUGGAUCAAGUCCGACUCGAAGGCCAUCCUGGCCAUCCACACCCACAUGGUGGCCGUGAAUCCGCGGCUCUCGGUCACGCACAACGGGCACAACACCUGGAAGCUGCACAUCUCGCACGUCCAGCUCAACGACUCCGGAAGUUACAUGUGCCAGGUGAACACGGAUCCGAUGCGGCACCAGUCUGGCAACCUGGACGUGGUGGUCUCACCGGACAUCCUGAACUCCAACGACCCGAACAGUGCCUCACUGGAGGAGGGCGUUGCCAACGAGGGCGGAAACGUGCAGCUGUUGUGCCAAGCGGUGGGAGUGCCCCUGCCGACGGUGCAGUGGCGUCGCGAGGGAAGCAAGGACAUUAUCGUGCGGUCCGAGGGGCGGGAGAAGCAGGCGGUGAAAGUCGUCGAAGGUGAACGACUCGUCCUGAACCAGGUGCAGCGAACCGACAUGGGCGGAUAUCUCUGCAUAGCUUCCAACGGUGUGCCUCCAUCCGUGAGCAAGCGAUACGAUGUGCAAAUCAACUUUUCACCUAGCGUUAAGGCCGGCAACCAGCUGGUCGGAGCCCCGGUCGAGAGUCACGUCAUGCUCCAGUGCAUCGUCGAAGCUUUUCCCACGCCCCUCAACGGAUGGUACAAACACGACGGAAUCAAACUGUACGAAGGAGAAAAGUACGUUAUCACGGAGGAAAAGCUGAACGUGUUUACCUGGCAGCUCAACCUGACGGUAAAGAACCUCCAGAAGUCGGACUUUGGGGCGUACCUCUGUUCCAGCAUCAACGCACUCGGCAAGGCGGACGCCCGGAUACGGUUGAAUGAACUCCGGUUACCACCGAAGCCGACCACGACGGUCGCGCCGUACAUUCCGCCGACGGCCAAACAGCCCCGCCGGAAGCAGCACCACCAGAACCACGGCAAGGGCGCCCACGACAACACUGGCAAAAACGGAGCCAACGGUGGCAAUGGCUUCAGCCGGGACAGCUACAUCAUCAAUCACAUCCAGGAGAACGACCUGCUCGGCGGGUUCGCCUCGGACGUGCCCCCGCGGGGAGCCCUCGGCGGGGGUGGUCCGGGUGGGUACGGAUCGGGCUCCGGUGGCAACGGUGGUCUGUACGGGUCCGGUGGUGGCAACGGCGGAACGGGCCCCGGCGGAAGCAGCCUGGAGAAGGCACGCAAUACCCAGAUGCCGGCGCCGAAUCCCUCGCGGCAGCCGCCCCUUUGGAUGCGCAACAGUGGCUCCAGGAGUGGCCACCGGUGGUGCUGGUGGACCGGAGUGGGGGCCCUGGCGUGGCUCGGAAGCGGCCUGACCCAGCAGCACCGGGGGAUGACGGCAUUCGUGAGCAGUUGUUGGGCGAUGAUUUAUAGUCUGUUGAUGUUGCUGACAUUUACAUGAAAUUAUGUCUAUGGGUGUUAUCAUUGCUGUUAAGGGGAGGAAUGUGGGGUGAGGCGUGGGUGUGUGUGAGAGAGAGGGAUGUGCGUGUGUGAUGCAUAUUAUCAUUAUUAUAAAUACAUCUGUAUCUAUCCCUAUAAACAGAAAAACACACUCACUCGUACUCAAACAUGUUUAUAUUUAUAAAUACAUUUACGAAUAGUCAAUAUAGGUCAAGCUAAGCAUAGUUGGAUCAUUGGAAUUUCAAGGUAGGUUGGGAAAAGGAUGUUUGAACAGAAUGUACCGUUAUUUUGGACUGCACAAUAUUUGGAUAUUAUUUAUUAGUUUCGGAUAGAACAGACACAGAAUAACAGCAUUGCUCUAAAAUCUUUUGUCCCUAUUCAAACUGUAGUCCCGAUUCGCCCCUGUUUACGGUACCAUAAUAAAAACUGUAGUUAUAGCAAAUAUUGUUCCUAAAUCUAGUUUCACCAGUAAAUGAUUAUGUUUGCCUUUUAACACUGGAACGCCCAACGCAUGUCAGACUUACACGGACGCCCAAGCCUCCCAAAAAAGUUGGAACGGUAACUUCAACUCGCUGGUUCUCGGGCAUUAUUCAACCAAUCGGGACGAUUCUUGU